AAUAAUAAUUAUAACUAAAAGUUCAGCGCUGGAAUGUGCCUCGGGGUAUAAAUGUCUGUCACCGACUUCUGCCCAUUUAUUUCUCUGGGAGUUGUAGUGGGACAGGAGGGGAGUAUUUACUGGAUGUUGUUUUGUUGGCUGUUUGGCCACGCCUCCUCUGCAAUGUAUUCUGGGAUAUGUCACUGCUGGGGGAGUUCCUGGAGAAUUAAAGGGGAACUGAACUCAAACCUGGUUUUUGGCUUAGUGUAAAGAAAUGUCAUUCUAAGCAGCUGCCCUUUGUUUAUUUGAUCCUAAUGUUCUCUGCUUCUGACUCCUGAAACAAUGGAGCACAAGCCAAUCCCCCCUACAGAAAUGGAGAAUGGGGGGCGCCCGUCAGUCGGACAGGUUAUCCUGCUCACCACCAGUUCAGCCAUCACCGCGCUUUUCUAUUCCAUUUACCGCCAUAAAUACCGAUCCGUCCAGACUCUGAAGGAAGCCAAGAAGUUCUGCCUGACUGAUGAUCUCCCCGCGGUUCUGUCGGACCUUCCCGGGAAAUGCGUCCCCUACGCAGUUAUAGAAGGGGCUGUGACUUCAGUGAAGGAAGUUCUAAACAGUCAGUAUGUGGAAAACUGCAAGGGGGUGAUCCAAAGGCUGUCGCUGAAAGAGCACAAGAUGGUGUGGAACAGAACCACCCACCUCUGGAACGACCAUGAGAAAAUCAUCCACCAGAGGAGCAACACCGUCCCCUUUGACCUGGCACCGGAAAAUCCCGAGGAGUCGGGGGUGUCGGUGAGGGUUCUCCGGCCUUUGGAAGCCGUGGAUCUGGGCCUGGAGACCAUUUAUGAAAAGUUCCACCCGGCGGUCCAGUCUUUCUCCAAUAUACUUGGCCAUUACAUGACCGGAGAGCGGCCCAAGGGGGUGCAGGAGACGGAGGAGAUGCUGAAAAUCGGGGCGACGAUCACGGGUGUCGGGGAGUUGGUUCUGGACAACAAGACCAUCAAGCUGCAGCCGCCCAAGGACGGGAUGUUGUUCUACCUCAGCUCCAUGGAUUACGAGGGACUCCUGGAGAAACAAGAGGUGCAGAUGCGCUGGUGGAGGAUCCUCAGCAUCGUGUUUGGGGUGGCCUCCUGCAUCACCCUCUUUUUUAUCCUCAGACGCAAGUACCGACACUACAAGGAGAAGCAGCACCUCAAGAACCUGCAAAGAGAGUUUGAGGAGUCAAGGGCCCGACAGAGGGUCCAGCAGGAGCCACAGAACAAGGAGGAAGUACAAAACCCCUGCUCCAUCUGUCUCAGCACCGAAAAGUCUUGCGUCUUCCUGGAGUGCGGCCAUGUUUGUUCCUGCAUCAGCUGCUACCAGGCGCUCCCCAGCCCCAAAAAAUGCCCCAUAUGUAGAAAUUUCAUUGACCGCAUUGUUCCUCUUUAUAACAGCUAAGGGGCCCCCCAAAUUUCUGUCUGUGACCUCACGUGGUGUGUGCACUCUAAAAUCACCAAAAA